CACACAAAGAGCAUUUCUUCUAAAAUUGUGUGACAACUUAUAUUUGUUAGAAAACAAAGACAUGGAGUUCUUCUAUGUCUCUCUUCUUUGCCUAUUUGUUUUUUUGGUUUCCCUCUUCCUGCACUUCCUCUUCUACAAGAACAAAUCCAACUUGUCCGGUGCUCCCAUUCCUCCGGGCAAAACAGGGUGGCCUGUAUUUGGAGAGAGCCUCGAGUUUCUCUCCACUGGUUGGAAAGGCCACCCUGAAAAAUUCAUCUUUGAUCGUAUGGCUAAGUACUCUUCUAUUGUCUUCAAAACUCACCUUCUAGGUGAAAAAGCCGCUGUUUUUUGUGGUGCCUCGGGGAACAAAUUCUUGUUUUCGAACGAAAACAAGUUAGUACAAGCAUGGUGGCCAAAUUCUGUGAACAAAGUCUUUCCAUCUUCAACACAAACAUCUUCCAAAGAAGAGGCUAUUAAAAUGAGAAAAAUGCUUCCGAAUUUCUUCAAACCAGAAGCGUUGCAACGUUACGUUGGGAUCAUGGACCAUAUAGCCCAACGUCACUUUGCUUCAGGAUGGGAAAAUCAUGAGCAAGUUGUAGUUUUCCCAUUAGCAAAACGUUACACUUUUUGGUUAGCGUGUCGAUUGUUUUUGAGCGUGGAAGAUCCUAACCAUGUAGCUAAAUUCGCUGACCCUUUCGAUGUUUUGGCUUCUGGAUUGAUUUCAAUCCCUAUAGACUUGCCCGGAACGCCAUUUAAUCGUGCAAUUAAGGCUUCAAAUUUUAUUAGGAAAGAGCUAGUGAGAAUUAUAAAACAAAGGAAGAUUGAUUUAGGUGAGGGGAAAGCAUCAUCAACGCAGGAUAUACUGUCACACAUGCUCUUAACGUGUGAUGAAAAUGGGAAAUUUAUGGGGGAGUUGGAUAUUGCUGAUAAAAUAUUAGGAUUGUUGAUUGGUGGACAUGAUACUGCUAGUUCUGCCUGUGCUUUCAUAGUUAAGUAUCUUGCUGAGCUUCCAGAGAUUUAUGAAGGAGUUUACAAAGAGCAAAUGGAGAUAGCGAAAUCAAAGGGUCCAGGGGAAUUAUUGACCUGGGAAGACAUUCAGAAGAUGAAAUAUUCAUGGAACGUGGCAUGUGAAGUUUUAAGACUUGCUCCACCCCUCCAAGGUGCUUUUAGGGAAGCCCUUUCUGAUUUCAUCUUCAAUGGUUUCUCCAUUCCUAAAGGAUGGAAGAUAUACUGGAGUGCAAAUUCAACACACAAGAGUGGAGAAUUCUUCCCAGAGCCUGAUAGAUUUGACCCUUCAAGAUUUGAAGGAAGUGGACCAGCUCCAUACACAUUUGUACCUUUUGGUGGAGGACCAAGAAUGUGCCCUGGAAAAGAAUAUGCUCGUUUAGAAAUUCUUGUCUUCAUGCACCAUCUUGUUAAAAGGUUUAAGUUUGACAAAAUUAUUCCAGAUGAGAAAAUCAUUGUCAAUCCAAUGCCAAUUCCGGCGAAGGGACUCCCCGUCCGACUCUACGCUCACAACCAGCAGGCAUGAUCGAGCAAGACUGCAUGCAACAAACACUUGUUAACAAAUUUAAUUUGUAACUAUCCAUAUAUCAAACAUUAUUAUAUUUUGCAUUUAUCCCAUCCCUUAUUUCAUGUUUCUUUACAAUUUAUUUGGUUUGUAUCCUUUUAUUGUUAAGGCACUUUUAGAUGUGUGGCCAAUAAUUACUGUUCAAUAUUCUCCACGAAUUGUAUAAUAAGAAUGUUAUUUCGUUUAA